GUUGUAGUCUAUAUCGUUUUAUUAGUCCGACCUGUAGUCGUGUGUCAACCAAAUAAUCCUAUUUUUGUGAGACAUCUCAUAUUGGUGGAUAUACCAAGAUGAGAUUAGGAAUCGCCUUAAAAUUACUAAUAUCCGCUUUGGGGAUUCUUCAUUGCAAUAUCAAUCGGGUGAAUGCAGCGGAUUGCGAGGAUAAGGAACUAUAUGUUCCAUAUACAGAAGACCCCUCUCUGAAAACGUACGAAGUAUGCUUCAGUAAAACUGGAGAUUCGAAGCUAUAUAAUUGCCCAGACUAUAUUUUCUUUGAUGAAAGGACAAGAAGCUGUACUGUUUAUUUAGACGGUGAACCGAUGAAAUGCACCAGCCAGGGAGAAAAAUUUAUAGAUCCUAUUUCUGACACGUGCGAAACUUUUUAUGAAUGUCGUGAUGAUAUGGUACCCACUUUUGCUUCUUGUGACGCCAAUAAAUAUUUCAACCCCCUCUUGCAAAAAUGUGUUCCUGAUACUGAAUAUGACUGUAAAUAUGAUAUUCCCGAUUGCUCUAAUCCAAAAUUCCAAAACAGAAUGUGGGUAGACAAAGAAAGUUGUGGAUCCUACUACGAAUGCAGCGGAGAUAUCCUUGUAAGCCGAAACUGUCCCCCCGGAAUGUUCUUUGACGCGCAAACUCAAGCUUGCUUGUUUAACAUCGGUGAUGAAUGCAAAGUUCAAAAUCCCAACCCCGAUUUACUAGUGGAUGUUGAAACUAUGUGCAAAGGAAAUGUUGGAAAGUUUCUCCCGGAUCCCUACUACUGUAGAGCUUACUACUAUUGUAUCGACGAAUCAACCCCUUACUGGCAAUAUUGUAACGAUGAUAGAUAUUUUUCGAAUGGAGCUUGUUCUAAAACCAGACCUAGUAGCUGCAUUUGCGAAGAUGAAGACUGGGACACGAAUGGCAAAACUUCAGUGAAUGUUCCACAUUCUGAUAAGACAAAAUUUUACGUGUGUACCAAAGGAAAACUACCCCAGAUCAAGUCGUGUCCAGCAGGCACCACCUUCAAUGCAACGAAGAACAUGUGUGUCGCUUGAUUUACAAGAUAUUUUCAAUGGCUAUGCGCAAAGCUUCACCAUUUACGCUGAAAAUAAAUUAAAUAGUUUUUACUAUCUUUUUUUUUAAUAUCUUCGGUUGUUUGCCUCAGCUUAGUACAUCCUUUGCAACGUGUAGUGAAUUAGUGAAUUGUGUUUAUCCCAAAAGACCUCCCAAGCUUGCCUGAAAGACAAGAAUAUAUUAAACAAGAGCGCGUUAAGGCAUAUUUUGUUGGUGUCAAAAAUUGUUAAAUUUCCUAAUUGUCUAUUUAGAAUCUUAAACUCCCUUCCUCCUCUGUAAAAUUCUUUGAUAGUAAAUCAGUUACUGGCUACAUUAUGAGGAAUAACUAAA